GCACCAUUUCAUUUGGCUCUCGAGUGUUAAGCAAAGCGGCCGUUGCUCAAAACUCUAAACGGAUUCAAACAACAUUUUUCAUUUUGUCAUCAUCGCCAUGAAGAGUUCUCUAAAAAUGUGCCUGGGUCUGGUCGUGCUCUUGAUUUGCCUGCUCUCUGGCAAUGCAUCGCUGGAAAGGGAAAACAAUGAUGUGAAUAGCUUGUCAAAUCACAAACUCAGCGGAGUUAUACAAUGGAAGUACGAGAAGCGACCCUUUUGCAAUGCAUUCACAGGUUGUGGACGCAAGCGUACUUCGUAUCCAUCGUAUCCGCCCUUUUCGCUAAUUAAACGCACUGAGAUUGACGAUAAGCCCUAUAACAAUGAGUAUAUGUCGGAGGGACUGAGCGAUCUGAUCGAUAUCAAUGCCGAACCAGCUGUUGAGAAUGUGCAAAAGCAAAUUAUGUCACAGGCGAAGAUCUUUGAGGCCAUCAAGGAGGCCAGCAAGGAGAUUUUCAGGCAGAAGAAUAAACAGAAAAUGAUGGAGAACAACCAACGUCUGCAAAUGCAGGAGGAGCGUGAGAAUAUGUAAAUGACAACGAACUGAGGACCCCCCCCGCUCCACGAGACACCAUAAUUUGAUAGUUAUCACAACGGUUUUGUUAUUGUAUAUAAUACAUAUACAUAUGUAUGUACUUAUAUAUCUAUAUAUUUGAUCCUGUAUUCUGAGAGAGAUUCUACAUUGAAAGCAUCCAAUAAAAAUUGUUGACUCG